AUUGAAAGCCAAACCUACGGGGCACGUCAGAAGAAUCAAUCAUCGUGAUGAGUUCUGAAGAUCGUGUACAAGUGGCUGCUUCCUUCAUCCUUCAAUCGCCUCCAGGAGAGAUUAAUGACGUCUUAAAUGAUGUUCGCGUCAUCGUAGAUGAUGACGCAGGGUUAGAGGAAGGCAUCCUUCCUGCCCUUCGGGAAUACAAUAUCGCGCAGUUCACAACAGUCGAAGUGCCAGGCGAACACCAUCAAACAAUAAUUAGCGAAUUUGCGCGUGUACCCGACACCGAAGCGGAACGCUACCUAGACCCACGAUCUAAAAUUUCUUUUGUUUUCAACCACUUGACUCUAGAAGCCACAGAUCCUCAGUCGGAGGAACCUUCGGAAGUUGAGCCUCAGCGUGCUGCGUUGGAAUCUGCUGCUUUGUCGUACUUGAACUCACACUACCACGAUGGAGUUGUUACUGUGCUAGCCAUGUCGACCACCCGAUUCGCAAUCCAGAUAGUCUCCAAUAAAUACAACCCAUCAAACUACUGGGCUGGUAGAUGGCGCUCGCACUACGAGAUAGACUUCGAGAGUAGGACCAUACAGGGAAGAGUCCUCGUGGAUGUUCACUACUAUGAACAGGGCAAUGUCCAACUCAGUACAUCGAAUGACUCGUCAAUAUCAAUACCAGCUGCUGUGUCAUCACUAUCUCCUGCGUCAUCAGCAUCCAAAAUAUUUGCAUUGAUCGAGGCUGAAGAGUCGCGAUGCCAGGCAUCCCUGAAUGAUGCAUAUCAUGAGAUGGGAGAGAAGGCGUUCAAAGGGUUGAGGCGCGCCUUGCCCCUGACGCGACAGAAGAUAGACUGGGAUAAGACUAUGGGAUACAAAUUGGGCGCUGAACUUACUGCUAGCAAUCGUGCCUUUGGCGCCCAACCUCGAUAGUGGUCAUCAGCAAUUGACUUACGUCGCUUGGUUUCAAGGGAUACCUCUCGGUUUUCACUUAUGUAGUUGUAUCCUGUAGAAAUGAAUAACCAUUUCACCGAAAUGACCCAUAUACCUAACUUGCAAUUCGGCAAACAUUUUAGCGCGUAUGGUGAGAGUAUCACUCGCACAUAGAUCUCUAUGGCGUACUUUGUUUACAUGUACAAGUGGUGCGCACGGACG